AUGGCGAAAGACAAGAAGAAAAAGAAGGAUCCUGCAAAAAAGGAGGCCAAAGCAGCAAAGCAGGCCGCGAAAACGAACAAGACGGAGAAGAAACUGACCAAAAGAGCAAAGGACGAUGAUAGCGAUGCCGAAGACGCCGAUUUGGAUGCCAUCUUGGCCGCCUACCAGAAACAGCAAGAGGAAUUUUCCAAGGUCACCGAGUUUACCUGUGAGCCACCUUCACCACGUUCAUCAUCAACUCUGGUUCCAUCACCGAGCAACAGUUCGGAGCUGUUCCUAUUUGGUGGAGAGCACUUCAAUGGAGCCGUGGCUUCAUUCUUCAACGAUCUCUACAUUUACAAGAUCAACCAGGAUUCCUGGAGAAAGGUCACCAGCCCCAAUACUCCUCUGCCGAGAAGUGGUCAUGCCAUGUGCAAAGGUGAAAACUCUGGUGGUAUCUACAUGUUUGGCGGCGAGUUCUCGUCGCCAAAGCAAGGCACAUUUUAUCAUUACAACGACUUCUGGAGGCUGGAGCCAAGCACCCGAGAAUGGACGAAACUCGAAGGUAAAGGUGGCCCGCCGGCUCGUAGCGGCCACCGCAUGACUUCAUUCAAGAACUAUAUUGUACUUUUUGGAGGCUUCCAGGACACUAGCCAGCAGACAAAGUACCUGCAAGAUGUCUGGCUGUAUGAUACCCAACGUUAUGUCUGGCAUGCAGUGAACCUUCCAGCUGCUGCGCAGAAGCCAGAUGCYAGGUCGUCCUUCUCACUACUUCCACAUGAGACUGGGGCUGUGCUUUAUGGUGGAUAUUCCCGUAUCAAAGCAACUACAGCGGUGAAAUCCACCAAAGCUGGGAGAGCAGGAUCGCGAGUCACUUUGAAGCCUGUCGUCCACCAGGAUACAUGGUUCCUCCGCAUCACCCCUCCAGCUGCUGAUGCUGCUGUCAAUACACCGCCAACUGUGCGUUGGGAACGCAGAAAACGGCCCGCCAACUCUCUGAACCCUGCGAGAGCGGGUGCUACAAUGGCCCAUCACAAAGGGCGUGGAAUUACCUUUGGGGGUGUUCACGAUGUUGAAGAGAGCGAAGAAGGAAUUGACAGCGAGUUCUUCAACUCCUUGUAUGCUUACAACAUCGAUCGCAAUCGAUUCUUCCAGCUGAGUCUGAGACGGCCAAGAACCUCCGGCAAGAAAGCCGUACCCGCUUCAGAGAGAGGUAAGCGUGGUCGAGGCAAGGCAGACGAGGAGGAGUUGCUGCGAAACCUCGCAAUCAUCGAAGGCAAGGGAUCGCUGAACGAUACCGAUAUGCCUGAUGCACCUGCGAAAGAUGUAGAGGAGGAUGAUGAUGAGCCGCGAGUCGAAAAGCCAACCAUCUGGGAGUUUCCACAUCCUAGAUUCAAUGCCCAACUGGCUGUACAAGACGACACAUUGUACAUCUUUGGUGGAACGUUCGAAAAGGGUGACAGGGAGUUCACCUUUGAUGAGAUGUGGGCAAUCGAUCUUGGAAAGCUGGAUGGUGUCAAGGAGAUCUUCAAGCGUGAUCUCGAAGACUGGCUGGGAAGUGACGAUGAAGAGGAUAGCGAUGAAGAUGAUGARGAUGGUUCCGACGAUGAUGACGAGGAUGAGGAUGAAGGCGCGGAGCCAAGCACACCAGCUACAUCAGUCGCGGAUGAACAGGCCUUGACUGCGGCCGCGGUAGCAGCUCAGGAGGAAGCAGAAGCCGCAGAGCAGGAAUCGACCGCCGCGCCCGACGAUAAACUUCCCAUGCCACGUCCAUUUGAAACUCUAAGAGAAUUCUUCAGCAGAACCAACAACGAAUGGCAAGAAGUUGUUCUGGAAAAGAGGAAAUAUGAACGGGAGCCAUCCGAUCGCUCCGUCAAGGAGAUUCGCAAGAAGGCUUUCGAUCAAGCAGAACAGAAAUGGUGGGAUGUCCGCGAGGAUGUUCAAGCUCUGGAGGACGAGCAAGAAGCGGCUGGUAUCAGUGAGGUGGUUAGUCUUGCAGAGCGCGGUGGUGGAGCCGAGGGAGGCGCUGGCCGUAGAAGAUAG